AUGUUGACCAGAAGAAGUAUCCGAAGACUUGCCACCAGGGCCUCGGAGUUUGCGGUGCCUGAAGCUUAUCAAUCUCGUACCCCACCAUAUGCUAAGUUGAUCCAGAACCUCAACACUGUCAAGAAGAUUGUGGAUAACAAGCCGUUGACGUUGGCAGAAAAGAUCUUGUACUCGCACUUGGUGAGUCCCGAGGAGAGCUUGGCCUCUUCCAACGGCCAAUUGUCCAACAUUAGAGGCGAGGUCUACUUGAAGUUGAAUCCUGACAGAGUCGCCAUGCAAGAUGCCUCCGCACAAAUGGCGUUGUUGCAGUUUAUGACCUGUGGCAUGCCAUCGACUGCCGUCCCAGCUUCGAUUCACUGUGACCACUUGAUUGUGGGGAAGGAUGGUGCUAAUGACGACUUGGAAAAGUCCAUCGCUACCAACAAGGAAGUCUUUGAUUUCUUGCAGAGUUGUGGGGAAAAAUACGGCAUCCAGUUCUGGGGCCCAGGAUCGGGUAUUAUCCACCAGAUCGUGUUAGAAAACUUCUCUGUUCCAGGUUUGAUGAUGUUGGGUACUGACUCCCAUACCCCCAAUGCUGGAGGUUUGGGUGCUAUUGCCAUUGGUGUGGGUGGUGCCGAUGCUGUGGAUGCCUUGACAGGCACUCCAUGGGAGUUGAAGGCCCCAAAGGUUUUGGGUGUCAAGUUGACUGGCCAAUUAUCUGGCUGGUCUUCUCCAAAGGAUGUUAUCACCAAGUUGGCUGGUAUUUUGACCGUCAGAGGUGGUACUGGAUACAUUGUCGAGUACUUCGGUGAAGGUGUUCAAACCUUGUCGUGUACCGGAAUGGCCACCAUUUGUAACAUGGGUGCUGAAAUCGGAGCAACCACUUCAACUUUCCCAUACACCGAGGCCCACAAGAGAUACUUGAUCCAAACUGGCAGAGAGCCAAUCACCAAGGCCGUGGAUGCUGCCAACAACCAACACAACUUCUUGAGAGCCGACGAGGGCGCCCAAUAUGAUAAGCUCAUCGAGAUCAACCUUUCCGAAUUGGAGCCUCAUGUCAAUGGUCCAUUCACUCCUGAUUUGUCUACUCCAAUCUCGUUAUUCGGCAAGACCACCAAGGAAGAAGGAUGGCCAGAGAAGGUCUCUGCUGGUUUGAUUGGCUCCUGUACCAAUUCCUCCUACCAGGAUAUGUCCAGAGCCGUUUCAAUCAUCCAACAAGCAGAAAAGGCAGGCCUCAAGCCAAAGAUUCCUUUCUUUGUCACCCCAGGGUCCGAGCAGAUUAGAGCCACUAUCGAAAGAGACGGUUUGAUCGACACUUUCGAGAGAAAUGGCGCCAUUGUGUUGGCCAACGCCUGUGGUCCAUGUAUUGGUCAAUGGGACAGAGUGGAUGUCGACAAGCAAUCCACCGACUCCAAUGCCAUUUUCACCUCCUUCAACAGAAACUUCAGAGCCAGAAAUGAUGGUAACAGAAACACCAUGAACUUCUUGACAUCUCCAGACAUGGUCACUGCCAUGAUUUACUCGGGUGACAUGCACUUCAACCCCCUUAAGGAUUCGAUCAAAUUGGACAACGGGGAGGAGUUCAGAUUCCAACCUCCUACUGGUGAAGAAUUGCCAAACAGCGGUUUCAUCAAGGGUCGUGAGGAGUUCUACCCUGAGGCACAGCCACAACCUAAGCCAGAUGUUGAGGUCAACGUUUCCCCAGAAUCCGACAGAUUGCAGUUAUUGGACCCCUUCAAGCCAUGGUCUGGCGAUGAAUUGUCUACUAACGUAUUGCUUAAGGUCGAGGGCAAGUGUACCACAGACCACAUUUCGGCUGCUGGUGCUUGGUUGAAGUACAAGGGUCACUUGGAAAACAUUUCAUACAACACCUUGAUUGGUGCUGUUAACAAGGAAACUGGCGAGGUCAACAAGGCCUACGACUUGAACGGUGACCAAUACAGUAUUCCCGAAUUGAUGAUUAAGUGGAAGGAAGAACAGCGUCCUUGGAUUGUUGUUGCUGAACACAACUAUGGUGAAGGUAGUGCCAGAGAGCAUGCGGCAUUGUCACCAAGAUUCUUGGGUGGUUCUGUGAUUUUGGUCAAGUCAUUUGCCAGAAUCCACGAGACUAACUUGAAGAAGCAAGGAAUGUUACCAUUGACCUUUGCCGAAGAAAGUGAUUACGACAAGAUUUCUGCUGGUGAUUUGAUCACCACCCAAAACUUGAGAGACAUGAUUGCUCAAGAUGGUAACAACGGUGGGACUUUGACUGUCAAGGUCACUAAAAAGGAUGGAUCCACUUUUGAUGUUUUAUGUAAGCACACCAUGUCUAAGGACCAGGUUGAAUUCUUCAAGGCCGGUUCUGCCAUUAACCAUAUUGGUAAUCUUAAGAGAGCCCAAGCCUGAAGGUGUUGACACCGGACUCUACUGAUGCAUAUUAAUUCCGAUUUUGGUAUUUAAUUCUACGGGUUAACUUAACUCAACUUGUCGAGCUAUCGAUACAAUGCAUAUUCAUGU